AUGGCCGUGACAUAUGGAUAUGUCACUCAUGGACAUGAAGACCCAUUGCUUACCAAAGCAUGCGAGCUCUUUCAUAUUGGCAAACAAAUUGUUUCUCCAGAGAAGGCUGCAAUAUUCACAGCCUUUCCUUUCUUCAAAAAAUUACCAUUUUGGUGCUUCAGUGGAGCAUUUUCCCUGAUGAGACACAGUAGAGAAUUAGCUCAACAGCUUUUGAAUGAGGCCUUUGACAAGGUGAAGGCACAGAUAUGCCUAAUUAGCUGGCAUGGACACUACUACAACUGCAUUGUAGACAUUCCUGCUGGCUAUGGUGCUUUAUCCUGGCAUCCAAGCCUGUGCUCAUGUGGAAAUUGA